CUGCGACAGACUGGAAAACCAAGCCGGGGAAACCACCACAUUUCACAGCUUUGGAACCACCGGUUACUCCAGACGUCCAGCCUGCACACAGCGUUUGGGGGCAGGAAUCGCUCCGCCUGCGUCCAGCUGGGCCGCAGACACCAGGGAAAGCUCCUCUGGGUGACCGCAGUCAGACACAACAGCUCACAGAUCCCCCCUGACGAUGGCUCCGUGGCGCCUGUGCUGGAGGCGGCCGCCGCCCCCCCGCCCGCCGCCCCCAUCGUGACCCCGCAGGUUCCAGUUGACAGCAUCUCCGCGGCAGACGUUCCGGCUCUGGACAUGGCGUCCGUCCUCGGUCAGGCGGCGCCCGACGCCCCCCCCACGGCGUUGGACUCCAUCCCCACGGCGGUCGACGUCCUGCAGGCCGUGGCGGCCGAGCCCCGGCUGGCCGAGCUGGGGCUGGCCGCGAACACCCCGGUGGGCCUGAUCCAGAACAUGUUGGAGUUCUUCCACAUGGACCUGGGCCUCCCCUGGUGGGGCGCCAUCGUCGUGGGAACGGUUCUGGCCCGCCUGGCCGUGUUUCCCGUCAUCGUGAAGGGGCAGAGGGAGGCGGCCAAGCUCAACAACGUGCUUCCCCAGAUCACCAAGCUCACCAACAGGAUGAACGACGCCAAGCAGAGCGGGAACAAGUUUGAAUUCGCCAAGGCGUACUCCGACCUGAACCUGUUCCAGAAGAAGCACGACGUGAACCCUCUGCGUGGCUUCCUGGUCCCUCUGGUGCAGGCGCCCGUCUUCAUCUCCUUCUUCAUCGCCCUGAGGAAGAUGGCGUACCUCCCGGUGCCUAGCUUGCAGACGGGGGGGGCGCUGUGGUUCACCGACCUCUCGGCGGCCGACCCUUUCUACAUCCUGCCCUUCGCCGUCACCGGGACCAUGUUCUUCAUCCUGGAGGUGAGCCUCCGCCCGUAA